AUGUGCGCAUAUAGUGCUCUAGCCGCGUUAGACGGUUACAGUGCUCAACAAGAUCCUGAUCAGUUCCAUAUACAAACAGACGAAGACGACGACCGUUAUUUCCUUUACCAGACACACAAUGGGCAGUACCGUAAGGAGCGGCGACUCAAAGAUGGCUCUGUAGUUGGAACCUCAGGUUGGGUGGGUGCCGAUGGAUACUUAAGGCUACAAGACUAUAUAGCAGAUGGUCAAGGAUAUAGAAUUUAUAAAUCCAAAACUGUUUACGUAGGAGAGAAUCGAUCUAUAGGCGAAUCUCUCAAAAUAGCAAAAACGGCUCCUACAGAUUCCGGUUUCAACAUUACCCCGGCACCAGCACCACAUCCGCCUCGGGGUACUCCACGAUUUACCACGACAACUUCAUCUCCGCUGCCUCAUUCUUCUACACAAAGUCCAAGUAGUCAGUUUCCAUCCGAGGUUUCCAUUACGCCCCCGCCUCGUACCUAUUCUUCUUCUUAUCCUACCUCAACACCUAGAGUCGAAGUGUCACCGAAUUCGAUUGACUCAUCAACAAAAUAUGACUUAAGACCCACAGUAACCCCUAUUACAGCAGAUGAAGCUUCACCUUCACCAAACCCUUACGAUUACGAUUUGUCAAAUACAAACACAAUAGACGGUUAUUACGCUAGCGACAGCUCACUUCGAGGAAGGUACGACAUUUAUAACCCCAAUUCGUACAGACACGCUGAUGAAUGGACAAGAAGACCUGGAAUUCGUGUCGGUGAUGGUUAUACACCUCAGUUCCCAGGAUAUGACGGGGUCGCGUUUAGAAGAAAUGGGUUCCGUUAUUAUCUUCCGAAACAGUAUCACGAAGAAGAAACUGAUAGUGCAGAUGAUCGAACUGGGAGUUUUGGAUAUAUAGAUCCCUUCGGAAUUCGACGAGUAAUAUAUUACAAUACUUCACCAGAUCAAGGAUUCCAAAUACGUAAAAACAAUAGAUACGUUGGACACGAUGCGACUCCUUACGAUCCAAGGCCUGUGAAA